AGUCGACACCUGAGAAAAGCGCGCGUGCCGUGACUCAUAUUCCUCUCUUGAUAUCUCGGAAUGUGUCUAACAGCGACCGGAGAGGCUGGCUGGGGAAAAACGUAGAGGGGGAGGAGAAGGAGUCAAAGUAACAGCGUGAAAUUGCAUAAAACAUGCCACAGAGCGCUCAGCGCACUUCCACACUGAUCUCUCCGCACGGAGUGGAUGUUCACAGGCGCUUGUGAAGGGACGAGCUCAAAGUGCAUUCCAUGGACCAGUCUCGAAGUGUCUUCUUAAAAUGUUGGAUGUAUACAUGGGUAUUAUUUUAGUUUAAGGACAGAGUUUUCUAGAAACCUGCUGCUGAAAGCUGAAAAAGAGGAACUUUUAACAGACUCUGCCCAGGCUUCAGAGAUUUUGUUUUCUUUUCUAAAAUGCACUUAUUUGGAAUUUCUGUCUUCUGUCUCGCAUUGUUUUAUGCAAACCUUGCUUUGGAGUCAAGUCACGACUACUAUGAUUAUGACCAAGAUCAAGGAGAUGCUAUGCCAAUCCACCUGCCAGAUCUGCUCAUCCUUUAACUUCAGAUUUAGCACAACCACCUUUCAGCACUUUCACAACUUUAGAGGGAGAGAGGGAGGGGGUCGGGGGGAAUCAGACGUUGUGGUGACAUAAGCAAGAAGACUUCACGUCUUUGGGGAGGAGCAUUCAGAGCCAGACCUGGUGGAGCAGUUACGAUCAGCGGGUAGCGUGGAUGAACUUAUGAGGAUAGUUUACCCCAGCUACUGGAGCAUGCUGAAGUGUCGUUCCAAGGCGGGAUCGCGCUUGCCUCACAGAGAUUACAGCUCCACAGAAACAAGGUCGGAGGAGGCCUCCUUUGCGGCUGCUUUCAUCAAUCUUGAAAUUAUUAAAAGUAUUGAGACAGAGUGGAGAAAGACCCUGUGCAUGCCACGCCAAGUUUGUUUAGAUGUGGGGAAAGAGUUUGGGGCAGCUACAAACACCUUCUAUAAACCACCCUGCGUGUCUGUCUACAGAUGUGGGGGCUGCUGUAACAGUGAGGAGCAUCAGUGCGUGAACAUCAGCACUUCAUAUAUCAGCAAGACGUUGUUUGAAAUCACAGUUCCUAUCAAGCAAGGGACCAAGCCAGUUACCAUAAGCUUCGCCAACCACACUUCCUGCAGCUGUUUGUCAAAACUGGAUGUGUACCGACAGCGACACUCAAUCAUACGAAGGGCCCUACCAGAAUGUCAUGUGGCAAAUAAAACAUGCCCAAAAAAUCACAGCUGGAGUAAUCGCUUAUGCAGAUGCGUGCCGCUGCCCGACACCCUUCUUUCAAAACCACAUUCUGACAUUGAGCAGGACUUUUGCGGCCCCGACAAAGAGCUGGAUGAGGAGACCUGUCAGUGUGUAUGCCGAAAAGAGCUGAGAACGGCAGGCUGUGGACCACUCCGCUAUCUGGACAAGAAUACCUGUCAGUGUGCAUGUAAAGCGCAGCCCUCCUCCUGCGGGCCUCAGCAGAGCUUCAACAAGGACACCUGCCAGUGCGCCUGUGCCAAGGUGUGUCCUAGGAGUCAGCCUCUCAACCGCACCAAAUGUGUAUGUGAAUGCACAGAGUCUCCUAACAAGUGCUUCUUAAAAGGGAGGCGGUUCCAACCAGCCACAUGCAGUUGUGUCCGGCCGCCAUGUAACGCAGACUCCAGGAAAAGGAGAUGUAAGGAUAAUGAGUAUUUCAGUGAGGAACUGUGUCACUGUAUACCCACAUACUGGGGGAGACUGGACUAAAUACAACCAACAGUGCAGGUAGCGCUGAAUGCUUAUGGACACGCUGGCAUUUGGAGCAGUGCUAAUGUUCAGCUGCUGCUUAUCUGACUCACAUGUGCUAGUCAUGUGGACUAGCGUGGAGUAAGUGGGAGACAAGAAAUGUUCACAUUCAACCCCACAUAUCAAGUAUGGGGUGAGCUAUUAAGGACUGAGAGAGAAAUUUCCUAAGGCUGGAGCCGUGUUUUUUCAUUGUUUUAAUUGAACUGUCUAUUCUUUAUUUGUCAGAUAAUGAUUAUAUAAUUUAUUGCCAAGAAAUGUUUUGAAUCUCCCUUGUUCAUAGCAUUCAUUUCGAAUCUCUGCAAAGGAAAAAAAAAACACUGUGAUCAAUAUUUUUGUAUCAUGUUAAGUCCCGUAAAAUAAAGUAUAAAGUUGUAUUAUAUAUUGUUAACUUAUUUAUAAACUAGACUAUCUUAUGGAAAUAAUACUGCACAUGAUUCAAAUGUAUUCAGUUUUGACUACCAAAUAUAUGCACCUAUCAUUCCUGAUAAACUCUAUCAAACUGACAGUGCAAGCCGGCAAAGAAAUGGCUGUUGACAAUCUAAAACCAUCAUACAAGUCACCUACAAUAUCGAAGACUCUGAACAGGGAAAUACAGCAUGAUAUGAACAGGAAAAAACCCUGGAUAUGAACUAUUAACAGCUGAAAACUGGUGCUACAUGUAUGCAGUUCUAUAAGAGUUACAUGAGUGACAGUGUACACUUGGAUGAAUGGAUUCCACUUACGUCACAUCCAACCUGCCUCCUUAAGUAAAAGCAGUAUAAAGUGAGUGUGGUGGAAUGACUUCUAAGUUUGGAGAUCAGUGGUCUAUUAGGACUUUCAACCUCAAUGGAUUUGUAAAUAGGAGCAAUGCGAUUGGCCCAACUCCACUUAAUAUCAGCCCACUGUUUCGGCUUGACACUGUAAAUAUAAUAAAUCACCUCUGCUUCCA